UGGACUUUACUGUGACUCGUCACUCGCCGCAAUGUCCUCUCAGUAUGAACGGGAGCGCGCAGCAAACAUCGCCCGCAACAAGGCUAUCCUUGCCGCUCUCGAUGUUGGACGACUUCGACCUAAGGUUGAGCCCAAGGAAGGACCCCGCCGGGUUCCCAAAUCUCAGCCUACCAAAAAACGGCAUCUACAGGAAGUAGGCAACAAGGUCCCCUCAGAGGACAGCCCUCGGAAAGCACCUAGGCUCGAAACCGAUGCGGCCGUAGGGACCCGCCGGAGCUCUCGAAACACGGGCAAGACGGUAAAUUACAACCAAGAACAAGAUCGAAGUGUCCCCGCCCCAGUAUCAGAGAAACGUGCAGCACAACGAGGUGGGGGUAUUUAUGGCGGUGACUCUUUGAAGCGCACUCAUAAUCCGAAGACGUACGGUCAUAUCUCUGGUGUCGAAGUUGGCACUUGGUGGGAGACAAGACAGGCGUGUAGCCAAGCUGCUAUCCAUGCCCCCUGGGUUGGUGGCAUUGCUGUGGGUAAGGACGGCGCAUAUUCGGUUGCAUUGUCCGGUGGCUACGACGACGACGUAGAUGACGGUUAUGCAUUCACGUACACAGGAUCAGGCGGCAGAGACCUGAAAGGAACAAAGCAAGCACCGAAGAAUCUCCGAACGGCACCGCAAAGCUCAGAUCAGACCUUUGAGAAUAAUUUUAAUCAGGCUCUGAAAACGUCUCAAGAAACCCGCAAACCAAUUAGAGUUAUUCGAGGGUUCAAGCUGAAGUCUAAAUAUGCGCCAUCCGUAGGUUACCGGUAUGACGGACUAUACAUCGUCGAAAAGGCGUGGAUGGAACCUGGCUUGAAUGCCAAAGGCUGGAAAGUCUGCAAAUUCGCAUUCAAGAGAUUACCCGGGCAGCCUGAUCUACCUGUGCGAGUGUCAGAGGACGAGGUUGAAGGGGAUGGAGACAUUGCUGAAGACGAAGAGGUUGAAGACGAACCCGUUUCUGGGGAUGAAGAGGUUUCAGCUGCCGCCGACGAGUGAGUAGAAAGCACAGUAAAGAGAGGAUUGAGCCAACCUGUAGACUUGCUAAAUUCACGAGAUUAUGUGCAUAGCUGCUGCUCUUACCGGUUGCCAAGUGGAUAUCAGACGUUGUAUAUCUUCACGUUGAUCUCAGCUUUCAAUACCAUAGGGCUCCUGCUUUCGACUUUUAAAAAAUGUUAUUGGCUGCAAACCCC